UCUCAGGUCUGACCCGGUGUGUGUGUGUGUGUGUGUGUGUGUGAGAGAGUCAGUGAGAUGCUGCUCAUCGUGUGUGUGUUCGCGGUGUGUGUGGGAGUGACGGAGCCUCGCCGAGUCAGGAGCACGUGGAGCUCCUCUCAGGCGCCGUCACAUGACCUGCUCGCUCUCUCCCCCACUGGGCUCCUUAGUGCUAGCUCACCGCUAACACCCAACGCUAGUGUAACGAUCACACCCCCGGAUAGUCAGCGUAGGAGAUUGGCACGUGGCUCUAAAGCGGGGAGAUCAAAGCAGAGGGCGGAGCAUCACGAGCACCGACACCCACGGCCCUUUGACCCCGAAGGUUAUUUCACCACGCCAAGGGUUUUUAACGGCUCUCUUCUGGUGCACAACCCGCUGUACCCAGUGACGGGUGAGUCGUAUGGAGCGUACACUGUGAUGCUGUUAGCGCUGAUGGUGUUUGCGGUGGGCGUGGUCGCUAACCUGGCUGUCACAUGCUCCGUAUGGCACAACCACUACCUGCAGAACACUCGCAACUGCGUUCUGGCGAGUCUAGCGCUGUGGGACCUCGCCGUGAUCUUCUUCUGCCUGCCGGUCGUCAUCUUCCACGAACUCACCAAGAGACGACUGAUGGGAGACGUGUCCUGCCGCCUCGUACCUUUUAUAGAGGUGACGUCUCUGGGCGUGAGCACCUUCAGUCUCUGUGCUCUAAGUGUUGAUCGCUUCCAGACAUUAACAAGCUCCUCCCUCUCCAAGACCCCCGAGUCGUUCGGCUCCAUCGUGUCGAAGCUGUCGGUGAUCUGGGUGGGCUCGCUGCUCCUUGCUGUUCCGGAACUGAUGAUCUGGCGUUUGGAGAUGGAGCUGUCCCGUGUCUCGCGUCUCCCUGUGGACUCGUGUGUCCGUCUGCCUCCUUCUUCGCCCAAUCUGUCUGAGUCAGUCUAUUCCCUCGUCAUGACGUACCACGAGUCGCGCAUGUGGUGGAUCUUUGGCUGCUUUUUCUGCCUGCCUUUGCUUUUCUCGUUCUCGUGUCAUCUUCUGACCAGCCAGAUCUCCGAUAGCGCUGCAAACACAUCCUCUUCCUGUCCUGCAUCCUCGUCCUCCUCCGCGUCUAAGAAGCUCGUCAUGAUGCUGGCGAUCGUGUAUGGAGUGUUCUGCCUCCCGGAACAUGCCUGGAACAUCGGGCUUACCUACGCCGGAGUGCAAGUGGACGGGGUCACGCUGGCUCUGCUGGCUCUGAUCGGGCAGUUCCUGAUGUUCGCCAGGGCCUCGGCCACGCCCAUUUUGAUCCUCAGUUUGUGUCGAUCGUUGGGGCAGAGCUUUGUGGACUGCUGCUGUUGCUGCUGUGAAGAAUGUAUUCCCACCAAACCUUCCUCGCCAUCACUGGGGCCGUCAUCUGUGUCAUCAUCAUCAUCCUCGCCAGUGUUAAAGAACGAGAAGAAGUCACAGGUCGACUUCGAGAAGAAAAUGAAAGAGACUUCAGCGGAGAUGGCUAUAGGAACUCCAUGCUGAGAGAUCCCCCAUGUACGCCUCCCUGAUGUCAGUCAUAACUCUCACACUCAUUUAACCUGAAUGUUACAGAGCUGGACACUGACUCCGCCCACUUUAUCACUGGAAUAGUGCCAGUGUUUGACAGUGUUUAUAGUCCAGUGUAAGGACCAUCAUCUUCCUUCUUCUGGAGAUCAUGAUCAGGUUUAAACACUGACACACUGCUGAACGGAGCCACAGCUACAGUUAUUCAUUCUAACCACCGUAACACUAACGACCUUCAUGUGAUACCCGUCUCAUCGUGUCUUAUUACCUUCAUCUCUUCUGUAAGCUGUAUGCAACUAAUCACGGUCCUAAUCUGUGAUUUUAGAGUCCUGAGGAAUAUAAACAUGCUGGAUCGAUUGUGUUCGAGAUGGCUUUGGGUUUAGUACCACAGAGGUUCAGGAGGUGGCAGGAGUUAGACACAUUCUAAUAAAUCAACUCCCGAAUACACACCAGUGUUCACAUGUGUAGAACAAAAUCCACAUUAUUAUUCAUUAUUAUGUCAUAAAAAGUGUAAGAUUUCUAAGCGGUUCUGUAAUGGGUUCCUUAAGUAAUUACAGGUCCUUUGUCUUCUUGUCGGAGCCCUUUCCACUCUUGAGGAACAUCUGGAGAUGAUGUAAGAGCUCUAAAAGCUCUAAGUGUGUAUGUGAGAGAAGGGCUUUUACUGUAGUUGGGUCGGGAACUGUGAGAGAACACACUGUAGAACCCUGA